CUCCCGGGUAGCUGGGAUUAUAGGCAUGCGCCACCAUGCCUGGCUAAUUUUUGGUAUUUUAAAUAGAGACUGGGUUUCACCACGUUGGCCAGGCUGGUCUUGAACUCCUGACUUCAGGUGAUCCGCCUGUCUCAGCCUCCUCCCAAAGUGCUAGGAUUAUAGACAUGAGCCCAGCCUCUAAUUAUUUUUAUAAAAUGUAGGUUUUAACAGGAUAAAUGUGAUACAUGUAUUGUUCUAUAACUUGCUUUACAACAUGACCUAGGGACCUUUCUCUAUUAGUUCAUAGAAAUCUUUAUUCUCUGAAUUGCUGAAUGAUAUAGAUGUACCAUAGAUAACCAUUCCUCUGUCAGACAUUUAAAUUGUUGCUGCUUUUGUAUAAUUACCAACAGUGCUAUGUGAACAUCCUAGCAUGUGCAGUGUGUCUCUGAAUGUCUAUGCUGAAUGAAUAUUUCAAGUAUCCAAAAGCAGAAAUGCUAUACUAAUAUUGAUAGGUUUAAACUGCCUUUUAAAUAGCUGUACCCAUUUAUAUUCUUACCUACAGGAUAUGAGAGUAACAGUGUCUCCCUACUUUGCCAAAAGAAGGUAUUAUAAAUCUUUAAAAUUUUGCAUUUUGAUAGUUAAAAAAUAAUAUUUCACUUAAAUAUGUAUUCUCUGACUACCGAGGUUGAGGAAGUUUCGAGUUUAUUAAUAAUUUAUGAGUUACACAUAUGUAAUUCAGAUAACAUAAUAUAGAAACAUGAAUAUAUUGUGUAUGUAUGUGUGCCUAUACAAAUAUAUAUAUAUAUAUAUAUAUGUAUUUGUCCCUGGUGAAAUGUUUGUAUUUAAUCUGAGAAGUAGCUAUUGUUGGCAAAAAAGCCCAGGGAAGAAGUAUUUAUCUGUUAUGCUCAACCUGCCAGAUCACUAGCUCUGAAGGGACCUUUAAUGACCUAAAAUACAAUGUAAUUGUUAAUAACAGAACAUGGGAGACAGAAUCAGGAUCUAUCUAUGAAAUCGGACAUGACCCAUUUAUUAAGGCAGAUGACCAAGAAGUUAUUAUCUAGUAAGAAAGACUUUUUUGGUUCUAGAAACAUGGUUUAUUGCACAAAAAACAAUGACAUUUUAUUAGGUUCCCCCAGUGGCAAAAGUUGCAUACAAACAGCACUCAAAUACCUCCUGUCAUUUUAAAUUUGACAUCUCUGAAUUAUGGAGGAAUCAUUCACUCAGCUUAAUUUGGGGCUCAUGACUUUAGUCUUCUAGACUGCAGUGUGUUAUCAGGACUAUUAUAAGCAUUGUUUAUCUGUGCUGUCCAAAAAAGCAGCCAUUAGGUAGAUGCAGCUCUUUACAUUUUUAUUAAAAUUAUUUAAAAUUAAAAAUUCAAUUGCUCUGACACACAAACCAUAAUGCAAGUGUUCAAUAGCUACAUUUGGCUACUGGCUGCCUUAUUGGCUAGCACAGAUAGAAUAUUUCCAUUGUUGCAGAAAGUUCUAUUGGAUGGUGCUGUUUUAAAAGCAAGGAUAAGCAGAAAGGGACAUGGAUUUUAGUUGAUGGAUGACUCACUCACUACAUUCAACUGAACUGAAUCUGCUCUAUACCAGCAAAGGGACAAAUUCAGAAAAUAAAUUGAAGAUGGCCAUGCUGUAACUUCUAAACAUGGUUUGCUUCUCAGAUUUACCUAAACUAAGAAAGGGUUGCUUUAAGAAAUAGUGCUCCCUUCAGAAUGGAAGAAUUUAUCUGCCUCUUAUUUGAUGUGGAUCAGAGCUAAGAUGGCUGACUAAAUAAACAUGGGGGACUGGAAUCUCCUUGGAGAUACUCUGGAGGAAGUUCACAUCCACUCCACCAUGAUUGGAAAGAUCUGGCUCACCAUCCUGUUCAUAUUUCGAAUGCUUGUUCUGGGUGUAGCAGCUGAAGAUGUCUGGAAUGAUGAGCAGUCUGGCUUCAUCUGCAAUACAGAACAACCAGGCUGCAGAAAUGUAUGCUACGACCAGGCCUUUCCUAUCUCCCUCAUUAGAUACUGGGUUCUGCAGGUGAUAUUUGUGUCUUCACCAUCCCUGGUCUACAUGGGCCAUGCAUUGUACCGACUGAGAGUUCUUGAGGAAGAGAGGCAAAGGAUGAAAGCUCAGUUAAGAGUAGAACUGGAGGAGGUAGAGUUUGAAAUGCCUAGGGAUCGGAGGAGAUUGGAGCAAGAGCUUUGUCAGCUGGAGAAAAGGAAACUAAAUAAAGCUCCACUCAGAGGAACCUUGCUUUGCACUUAUGUGAUACACAUUUUCACUCGCUCUGUGGUUGAAGUUGGAUUCAUGAUUGGACAGUACCUUUUAUAUGGAUUUCACUUAGAGCCGCUAUUUAAGUGCCAUGGCCACCCGUGUCCAAAUAUAAUCGACUGUUUUGUCUCAAGACCAACAGAAAAGACAAUAUUCCUAUUAUUUAUGCAAUCUAUAGCCACUAUUUCACUUUUCUUAAACAUUCUUGAAAUUUUCCACCUAGGUUUUAAAAAGAUUAAAAGAGGGCUUUGGGGAAAAUACAAGUUGAAGAAGGAACAUAAUGAAUUCCAUGCAAACAAGGCAAAACAAAAUGUAGCCAAAUACCAGAGCACAUCUGCAAAUUCACUGAAGCGACUCCCUUCUGCCCCUGAUUAUAAUCUGUUAGUGGAAAAGCAAACACACACUGCAGUGUACCCUAGUUUAAAUUCAUCUUCUGUAUUCCAGCCAAAUCCUGACAAUCAUAGUGUAAAUGAUGAGAAAUGCAUUUUGGAUGAACAGGAAACUGUACUUUCUAAUGAGAUUUCCACACUUAGUACUAGUUGUAGUCAUUUUCAACACAUCAGUUCAAACAAUAACAAAGACACUCAUAAAAUAUUUGGAAAAGAACUUAAUGGUAACCAGUUAAUGGAAAAAAGAGAAACUGAAGGCAAAGACAGCAAAAGAAACUACUACUCUAGAGGUCACCGUUCUAUUCCAGGUGUUGCUAUAGAUGGAGAGAACAACAUGAGGCAGUCACCCCAAACAGCUUUCUCCUUGCCAGCUAACUGCGAUUGGAAACCGCGGUGGCUUAGAGCUACAUGGGGUUCCUCUACAGAACAUGAAAACCGGGGGUCACCUCCUAACGGUAACCUCAAGGGCCAGUUCAGAAAGGGCACAGUCAGAACCCUUCCUCCUUCACAAGGAGAUUCUCAAUCACUUGACAUUCCAAACACUGCUGAUUCUUUGGGAGGGCUGUCCUUUGAGCCAGGGUUGGUCAGAACCUGUAAUAAUCCUGUUUGUCCUCCAAAUCACGUAGUGUCCCUAACGAACAAUCUCAUUGGUAGGCGGGUUCCCACAGAUCUUCAGAUCUAAACAGCGGUUGGCUUUUAGACAUUAUGUAUAUUAUCAGAGAAGUAGCCUAGUGGUCGUGGGGCACAGAAAAAAUAGAUAGGGGCAGCUCUAAAGACCAGCUGUUAAGACAGACAACUGCAAACUCAUUUAAGCAAGAGAAAAACAGCUCUAAUUCGAGAUUGUGAAGCAACACUUCUAAAUUCAAAGACAUAGAGUUGUCAAAUCAGGAUUUUUUAAAAAAAUGAUAUCCUUUCGAAUGUAACUGAUUUUGGGAAAAUCACAUGUUCAGAAUUGAGGCUAAAUGGCUUGAUCAGGUUUUCUCUUUGAAGAGACCACAGCCUUAGGAAAUGGUUCUUGAUCUAUACAAUUCCACCUUGGACACUGGGUUAAUUCUGUUUGCCCCUGGAACACAAUCACGUAAGUUUCCUUCUAGACUGCAUCCUGAUGUGUCUUGAGUAUAAUCACAUGUUGCUACCUAGUAAAUAAAAUCUUAAGAAGAUCCGUGGCUUUCCUUC